CAAAAAAUGUAAACAUAUGCAAGUACCUAUUGUAUUUUAUUUUUAUUUAUCAAAGUUGUUUCAUAUUACUGAAAGUGUAAUUUUUUAAUACAAUCAGAAGUGGAUAAUUGCUUUUUUUCCUGGUCACAAAUGGAGCCCAAUAAAAAACGUUUAAAACUGGAUAAUAUAAAAAUUAAUAUAAAAUCUAUUCUUUCGGAUGAUUUUCUAGAUCAUAUACCCUUAGAAGCGGUUUAUGUAGCAAGCAUUGCGGAAAAGAAACAAUUUUCUUCUUUAAUUUUUGAAUUAAAUAAAUAUCUUCCAUUCGAUAAUUUGUCACACCUUAAAAGGAUUCGCAAAAAUGACGUUAUAAUUUGUAAAUUGAAUGACUUGAUUACUUUUACAUCUGAAAUCGAAAAUGAAUGUCAUUUAAAAUCAACAAUUGAAGAUUUGAACUUAGAAUGCAAUGAAAUAUUAGAUAUAUUACGAAAUGAAAAAUUAGCCAAAAUACAUGUUCACAGAUCAAUUUUGAUUGGUUAUUUAAAAGCUAAAGGUAUUUCUGACAAUGGAUUUCUUCAAAAAUUAUGUGAUGAUUUAAAAAUAGUAGAUAUACCAUCAAAACAAAGCCUGUUGCGGUGGCAAUACGAAGAAAUGAACAAAAUAUGGCCAUGUAAAUUUCAUCCAAAUAAACAGAUGGAACUUCUACAUAAAAAUGAAAAUUUCACUUCAAACGAACUUAUAUUUCAUCAAACAAUUAUUAUGAUUAUUAAAAAAAUAAUGAAUUUAGAAAAAAACUUAUAUAAGAAUGUUGGCAUUUGUGUUGAUCCAAGAACAAAUAGUGUUGUAGCAAUGUCGACGAAUCUUGCACCCACACAAUGUGGUACACCAUCAUCGUUUCAUAUAAAUGAAAAAAUUAAACAUUGUCCAAUACUACUAAUAGAUUUUGUAGCUCGAACUCAGAAUGGCGGUAUAUGGAAAUAUGAAAAUAUAAAAUUUUUAGAAAAUACGAAUGAUGAAAAAGAAUUUUGUGGAAUAUUAAAAGAAUAUGUUGAAUUAUUAAGAUGUGGUUUAGGAGAUGAACAAAUAGGCGCACAAAAAAUAAAUAUUAACAAUCAAAAAGGAAAUAGUAAUAAAAUUAUAAAAGAAAUGGUUGGAAAUGUUCCUAAUAAUUGUAAUGAUUUUUAUGGUGAGGAUGAACAAAAUAAUUUAGAAAAAUAUGGACCAUAUUUAUGUACAGGCUAUGAUAUUUACUUUUUGAAAGAGCCAUGUUUAAUGUGUGCAAUGGCAUUAAUUCAUAGUCGUGCUAGAAGAAUAUUUUUUGUAGAAAGUACAAAUGAUGGAGCAUUAAAAACUUGUACGAAAUUACACACAGCUAAAGGACUAAAUCAUCAUUACGAAGUUUUUCAAUGUAGCAUUAUAGACUAGUGGUAAUUCAAAAUGAAUUUCUUGUACAUUAUUACAAACAUAAAUACAACAUGCAUAAUUUGAAAUAUACAAUUUUUUUAUACAAAAUUA